GUAAACUGAGGCUAUAUAAAGAGGACUACAAAAUCGCGUAGCGUCAGUGUAAGCUCGCUUAUAUAGACGGAACGAAAUCUACUGAUGCGGCCGAACAAAACUGAACACGUCAUGCCAACUUUGAGAAAAAUCGCGUGCAUCGCGAUUCUCUGCUUGGUUUUUGGAGCCAAUAAUGCGGAAAUAAAAACUGUGUGGGAGAAAAGACUAAUGUUUCCGGAUACCCAAUUAUAUUUCCCACUUGAAAAUUUAAUGAAAGACAACAGCGAGCAUUUUGAUAGUUUCACGUACGCUCUAUGCGAAACUAAUGAAGAUAAAAGCGAGAAGAUAUGCAAAGUUGUUCUUGAGACCAAAGAUCAUACUGAACGGUUUUGCAAUGUCACUUUAAAAGUUAGUAAGGGAAAAGACUACAAAAUCUUUGAAGAAAUGAAGAUGACUCAGUACGGUCCAGAAAAUAUUAUGCUUCUCUGGGAAGAACAUGAUGAAGGGAAUGGAAACAUUAAAGCCACCGUCGUUGAUAUGAGUAACUGUCAAACAGAAGAAGUUAUGAUUUACGCAUCAGCAAAAAAGUAUCAUAUCAGACGGAUUAAUACGAUCGCUUACAACGACACCACUAUUGACCUUGUGAUGCAAUGUGGCGAAUAUGCACAAUUAUGCAAAACGAACAUCAACGCACAAGGCAAAAUAGUCACUUUUACGAAACCAUGGACUAUGGAUAUAAUCAGUGAAGCUUACGUCAAUUCCGCGAUACACCAUUCAAAAUCUAAAGGGUAUCUCAUGUAUUCCAAAGGAGCUUACAAGUACCAUGAACUGUAUUCAGUCAAGGACAAUGGUAAAUGGAAACUGCUGAAACAAUCUAAAGAUCGAUUAGGUCCAAGCCUAUUGUCAACUGGCCACGGGAUGAUUAGCAGUGUAGCAACAUAUACUGACUUUCGGAUACUCGGAAACAACAAAGUCUUCAUCUGGCGUUUCGAUGUUGAGGGAAACUUUAAAUUGGACAAGACUGUGGAAUUUUCAAACUUCAUACUUUAUUCCGAUAUCCAGAAUCUCGCUGAUGGAGGAUUUUUGUUACUCACGGUGGAGUGUCAGGGAACAGUAUCUUCAGACUGUAAGCUAAUAAACGAUAUGACAUAUCGUGUUACGAAAUUCGGAGCCGACGGAAACCGGACUGGAUCGUUAGAAUUCCCGGAAACUAGAAAACUGUUUUCAAAUAAUGUCACCACGCCUAGCUUUGGUUUAGUGCGAGUAUUCGAAAAGGAGGCAAAGGAAUAUUGUUUGUCGUUUGUAACCGGAUGCGUCGCCUGCACUAGAGGCCAGAGAGGACCGAGUCAUCUAGAAAUAAUAGUUAAGUGUUUUUCCGACGGCGAUUUUUCUGUUUGAGUACCACAGUAUCUUGAUAUUUUUAUAUUGAAAUUACAAUCAGAAGGAUGAAAUAAAUUGCGAGUGAAGUGCUUUUUUGGAAUACAUAGUUAAUAAAGCUACAGUCUAAGAAGUGAACAUGGGAUACAAA